AUGCCGGUGACAUUCACCAGUCGUACGCUGAAGCCCAACGAGCUCAACUAUGGUAUGGUCGAGAAAGAAAUUCUGGCUCUUCUCAGGAUCCUGGAUGUGUGUUACUCCAUGCUGGUCACGAGACCGAUCAAGGUUCUGGCGCGGCACUCCACUCUAGCGUGGCUGAUGCGAUCCACAGGUCUUCAAGGCAGACUAGGCAACUGGGCCGCGCUGCUCUCCCCCUGGACGCUCGAGAUCGUCAAGUGUACACGCGGCGAAGACGAGAUCCUGGGUACGAUCGCGGCGAGCAUCACGCCCCGGGAAAACAUCGAUUCGAUCUUGUCCCCUAUCGCGCCGAGGAAGCAACCACGCCAGCUGAUACCUACGGUUGAACAGGGCGAAGAACUGGUAGUCGUAAGUUUCGAUGGAUCAGCACUAGUCAAACGAGGCGGUGGGGCGUGUAGCGCUAUUGUUUGGAAGUUACCUGAAUGGAUUGUCGUCGCCGCCUAA